CUCUUUUGGCUAGAACAGUAGACUUCUAUAUCUAGAUCUUAUACUUAUAUUAUAGAGCAAGUUACUGUUUAAGUCUAGUAGAUAAUAGACAGACUUUCUUGAAUUUGAAUCUCUUGAUGGUCAACAUUUUUUUUUACAGUGGCAGUGGACGAGUGUCAUAUCACUGAACCCAAGAAAUGAGUCAGCUGAUCAGACUUUACAGCUAUCCAGGACAUGCUCCUCACCAGUUGGAGUCGACAGUUUCAAAAAUUAAAUCUGCUGUUGGCGAAAGUGAGUUCACCGUCGACACAGAAAUUUGUUACUAUAUUGAAACCUCUGAGAAUGACUUAACUGAAGAUGAGCUCAAGAUCAUGAAAUGGAUUCUGUCAGUUCCAUUUCAAAAGGACAAUUUAAAUGAGAAAUCUAGACUACAGAAGAAAUCAGAUUGUUCACUGUUCUUUGAAAUAGGACCCAGGCUAAACUUUUCUACUGCUUCCUCAACAAAUUGUGUUUCCAUCUGCAACUCACUUGGUAUCAAUCAUGUCAAGCGUGUUGAGACUUCUAUCAUUUAUCUUGUCACUUUUCAAAAUGGAUCACUGCUAAGUACAGAAGAAGAACAUAAUAUAGUGAACAGUCUCCACGACCAGAUGACUCAGUGUCGCUACCCUCAACCCCUCAGCACGUUUGAGAUCAAUGUCAAGCCUGAUCCUGUGUUUGAAGUGGACAUACUUGGACAGGGGAGGGCAGCUUUAGAGCAUGCUAACAAAACUUUAGGGCUAGCUUUUGAUAAUUGGGACCUAGACUACUACACAAAACUAUUUCAAGAGAAAAUUUUAAGGAAUCCAACAAGUGUAGAGUGCUUUGAUCUGGCACAGUCAAACAGUGAACACAGCAGGCAUUGGUUUUUCAAAGGUCGUCUGUUGGUUGAUGGCCAAGAGUGGCCAGAGUCUUUGUUUUCCAUGAUCAUGGACACCCAGUUAUCUAGCAAUGGAAAUAAUGUCAUUAAAUUCAGUGACAACAGUAGUGCCAUUGAAGGUUUUUCAAUCAACCCCCUUGUUGCUGAGAAUGGUAUUGGACCAGGCAAACUGAGUGUGGAACCUAAACAAAGGCAUAUCAUAUUUACUGCUGAGACCCAUAAUUUCCCUACAGGAGUUGCUCCAUUUCCUGGAGCCACAACAGGAACUGGUGGCAGAAUCAGAGAUGUCCAAGCCACAGGGAGAGGUGCCUAUGUUGUAGCAGGAACUGCUGGAUAUUCUUUCGGGAAUCUAAAUAUUAAAGGCUACAAUCUACCUUGGGAAGAUGAACUUUACAAAUACCCUGCCAACUUUGCACUCCCUGCUGUUGUGGCAGUUGAAGCCAGUAACGGUGCAUCAGAUUACGGCAACAAGUUUGGUGAACCAGUCAUCACUGGGUUUGCCAGGUCCUUUGGUGUGACAACUGCCAAUGGUGACAGGCGUGAAUACAUCAAACCUAUCAUGUUCAGCGGUGGGAUAGGCAGUAUGGAAGCUGUGCAUGUGACCAAAGACAAGCCAGCGAAAGAUAUGGAGGUUGUGAAGGUGGGUGGGCCUGUCUAUCGAAUUGGUCUGGGCGGAGGUGCUGCCUCUAGUGUCCAAGUACAAGGGGACAAUGACGCACAGCUGGAUUUUAGCGCAGUUCAACGAGGAGAUGCUGAGAUGGAGCAGAAGAUGAACCGUUUGAUACGGGCAUGUGUGGAGAGGGGUCAAGUGAACCCUAUCAGGACUAUCCAUGACCAAGGCGCUGGAGGAAAUGGAAAUGUUCUUAAGGAACUUGUGGAACCAGCAGGGGCUGUUAUCAGAGCCAAAGACUUUCAACUGGGUGACCCUACAAUUAGUGUCAUGGAGUUAUGGGGGGCAGAGUAUCAGGAAAGCAAUGCCCUGUUGGUGGGGAGACAAGAUCUGCCCCUGAUUAAAGCAAUAGGCAGCAGGGAGAGAUGCCCAGUGUGUAAUGUAGGAACAGUCUCUGGUACUGGCAAGAUCCAGCUUGAAGAUUUUCAGUCAGAAGUUGACUGUGAGUCAAAAAGAAAACCCGUGGACUUGGAGCUGGACUAUGUUCUUGGAUCAAUGCCACGCAAAGUAUUUGAAAUGACCAGAAUCCAGCCAGCAUUGCAGUCACUUAGUCUUCCAGCAGCCCUAACAAUUCAGGAAGCUCUGAGUCGAGUCUUGCGUCUGCCUUCUGUUGGAAGCAAACGUUAUCUGACUAAUAAGGUGGAUAGGUCAGUGACAGGUUUGGUUGCCCAGCAGCAGUGUGUCGGCCCCCUACAUACACCAUUGGCUGACGUGGCUGUUAUAGCUCUGUCUCAUUUUGAUACAGUUGGUGCAGCCACUUCUAUUGGAGAGCAACCUGUCAAAGGACUGCUGAGUCCAGCUGCCGGGGCUCGCCUGACUGUGGCUGAAUCUCUAACUAAUCUGAUGUUUGCAAGUGUCACUUGUAUUAAGGAUGUGAAAUGCAGUGGCAACUGGAUGUGGCCCGCCAAACUGGACGGUGAAGGUGUAGCCCUGUUGGAUGCUUGCAUUGCCAUGUGCCAGUUUAUGACGGAAGUGGGUGUGGCAGUGGACGGGGGUAAAGAUUCACUCAGUAUGGCAGCAAGAGUGGGGUCAGAGGUAGUGAAAGCUCCAGGUACUCUGGUAAUCUCAACAUAUGUUGGAUGUCCUGACAUAACUUUAACUGUCACCCCUGAUCUCAAAUGUCCUGAGGGCGAAGGUGUUCUCAUCUAUCUUCCUGCAAGUGGUGGAGACAACUGGAGACUAGGUGGCAGUGCCUUGGCUCAAUGCUUCAAACAGCUUGGGGAUGAUGUUCCAGACGUAGCUGCUGAUAAGUUGGUCAAACUGUUUAAUGGUGUUCAGUCUCUAGUCAAAGCUAAAAAACUCACUGCUGGUCAUGAUGUCAGUGAUGGUGGUUUGAUCACUUGUUUGCUGGAGAUGGCAUUUGCAGGGAACUGUGGCCUAGUGAUAGAUAUACCAGUCAAAGAUACACAGGCCAAUCCCAUGCAAGUUUUAUUUGCUGAAGAGGUAGGGGCAGUGCUGGAGGUCUCUAAGAAAGACAUCAGUGAGGUUGUGGCCAGCCUAGAGAAGAGUGAUGUACCCUAUAUGAUGAUUGGCAAAUCAGUAGAGCGCAGAGACUAUACUGCACAGAUUGUUGUGUCUGUCAACGGAAGCCUGGUGCUGGAGUCGUGCAUGACUGAACUGAGAGACAUGUGGGAGGAGACCAGCUUUGUCCUGGAGAGGAUGCAGUCCAACCCAAAGUGUGUCCAACAGGAGCAGUCAGGCCUGAAGCAUAGGAAAGAGCCAAACUAUGUGGUGACCUUUGACCCAGAUGCUUGUGUUGUGGGCAGACCAAUAGCUGAUCACCCAAAGAUUGCUAUCAUACGAGAAGAAGGCAGCAAUGGAGACAGGGAGAUGGCUGCGGCCUUCACCCUCGCCGGCUUUGAAGCCUGGGAUGUGAACAUGGAAGACCUGAUCCGAGAAAAAAUUUCUCUCUCCUGCUUCAAAGGUGUGGCCUUUGUGGGAGGAUUUAGUUACGCAGAUGUCUGUGGAUCAGCUAAAGGCUGGGCUGCGACUGCCAAGUUUAACUCAGUUGUGGCAACCGAAUUGUCUGCCUUCUACGCCCGUGCUGACACCUUCAGUUUUGGUGUGUGUAAUGGUUGUCAACUGAUGGCUUUGCUGGGAUGGGUGGCUCCUGAUGAGACAGUGGGUUCGCAAGGAUUACUUCUGGAUCACAACACAUCUGGUCGCUUUGAGUCAAGGUUCAUCUCCAUAAAGGUGGAGAAGUCUCCUGCCAUCAUGCUGAACGGAAUGGAAGGCACUGUCUGGGGAAUGUGGGUUGCUCAUGGUGAAGGGCGUAUGGUGUUCAAAACUUCAGACCUUCAAGCGAAGAUAGAGUCAAGUAACUUGGUGCCACUCAGAUAUGUGGAUGACGAGGGACAACCCACAGAGACAUACCCCUUCAACCCCAAUGGUUCACCUCAAGGCAUUGCAGGGGUUUGUUCCCCAGACGGCAGACACCUGGCCCUCAUGCCCCACCCUGAGCGUUGCAUCUGGACCUGGCAGUGCCCCUGGACACCAAAAAGUGUAACAGAUGCCCACAAGUUCUCCCCCUGGAUGAAGAUGUUUGAAAAUGCUUACAAGUGGUGUACCACCGAGGAGUUGUAGACACUUGAGGAGAUCUUCAUUAAAACAAGCCCACUGUAAAUUAAGAAAUGCUAGAGGUUUAUAUAGUGAAAAUAUAAUGAGUAUCUAGAAAACAUGAAUAUCCUGAUUUUUAAAGAUAUUGUUUUCACUUGAUAAACUUUGUGUGUCAUGGUUGUUGAUUUAUUGCAAUUUUUUUUUGUUGCUUAAUACUCAGGUCAAUGAAAUUCCAUUUACUGAAAUUAUCUUGUUUUUGUAAUUUUAUGCCAUUUGUUGGUUGUUUUGUAAACAUGCACAAGGGAACCUCCAUAAUACACAUGCACUUGUGUGAAUCAACAUCGAAAAUGGUGUGUGAUGUCAUUUGUAGGCAAUUAUAAGCUUAAGUGGGGUUGUUAUAAAAACCUGUUCUAUACAGCAUUGUGACAACGCAUAAUUCUUUUUAUGAGGUAUUACUGUUUUGUAUUACUCACCAGUACAAUGCUAGUAGAGUGUUGUUUCUAUCAAAGCUCACUGCUAUCUAUAUUGUUCUUGUUAUUAUAGUAACAUUUCUUAUUAUACAAAACUUUCUACCAGGUAAUGAUAUUUCUUUGAUUGAAGGCAUUUAACAUUUGAAUAUUACUCAUGUCACAAAAGAUUUGUUUUCCUCAGAUUUUUAUAUUUAUAUGUCAGUGAAAAGAGCUAUCUACACAAUAUUUGUGUGCAUUGAGUCCAUUAUGUGUUCAUUUCAAUUGAAUGGAAUUUUAAAAUAUUUUACAAAUUUAUAUCUAGACUAUGUAUCUAAAAAUAAUAACUGAUGAAUCACUUGUGUACAAUUCAUUGUAAAUGAUAAUGGAUACAUAAUAAAUAUAAU